UGGGCCGCAGUGCCACCUCCAGGCGGCUUGUACUCGGUGCUUGCGCAAACAUACACGCGUGCACCGCAUUAAAACAAAGCAGCGGCACGCCAUCGACGCGAGCAAGGCGGCAAUUGGCAUCGCUAGCCGCAUACCGCGCGCAAAAAGGCAUUGCACACAGAGCGGCGAUAUUGGCAGCACAGUCGCAUAAAUCCGCUUUGCAGCACAAGAAACGCGCAGACAGCAGCGCACUACCGCCGGAACCGCCAUGGCCCUCGUCACCGGCGACGAGUGCGGCCUGCUGAAACUCGCGGACCUGCACCGCAACACCGCGACGCGCAUCGACGAGCACGAGGUGCAAGCGCGGAGCCGCGGCAUCCUAAAAAUAGCCACGUCCGCCGUCGACGCGACGACGGGCGCGACGACGUUCCACGCCGCGCGGCGCGACGGCGCGCUCGAGACGUGGCGCCGCAACGCGACGGAAGAGCCCUUCUCUCGACAAAGUACGGCGGCGGGCCUCGCGCCCUCGACAACUUUCCUCGCAUCAAUCGACCGGGGCCUCUUGACGUGCUCUGCACAAGGCAGAGCGCAGCUCACUUCUCUAAAUUCGAGGCGGGCGGGCGACGUCGGGACCUGGGACCUGGCGCAGGGUCAAAACAACUACGAUGUGAGUUGCGGCUGCGUCGUCGAUGAUACAUUAUUUGUGGGCGGCCGGGAGUGCGAGCUGACGAGGUGGGACCUCGAAACGCGGCAGCCGUCGUGGAAGGUCCUUUUUUCACACCAGUGUCCUUUUGAUGAAGCAGCGCGAUGAUGAAAGCCAUGAUCCCAUAAACAUUCGCAGUAACCGCCGACGCAUCUCUCUGAUGCAUUGGGGCGAAAGAUGUACUUCCUUGGAUGUCCGAGCGCCGCCUUUCACGCUAUCUCCGACGCCGUCGUCACGAGAGCUCGAUAAUAGUCUCCCACACACAGGCGCGCAAUGUCCGCAGAGACAACUUAGAUAUGAGACGGCCCGUCUGGGUCUCGGCCAUCGCGGCGCCGUCGGCGCACGAGGUCCUGAUCUGCGCGAGAAUCAAACUUCAGGCGCCCCGCGCCAUCGACGCCCGUGACUGCGCCUGCUCGAUGGCGUGGAGAUUCCACGCCGUCGACGCGGCGUUGGCGUUCUCAGGAUAACGGACUCACUGGUUGGUCACGCAGGUCGUCAUCGGCACGAAGUACGGCGAGCUCCGCUUUUAUGAUUUGCGCGCGUCGCGGCGGCCCCAAUGUGAAGUGAAGGGCAUUUCCGGGGACAAGGGCGGCCACCAGGAAUGCGACCGGGGCAUCUCGGCGCUGUGUUUGACGCGGGAGCCGUUCCCGGGGGUUUGUCGAGCCGACGUCGGCGGGGACAUUUCGUGCGUCGAUGCUAGGACAAGACGCAUGUGCAAGCGGCUGGCGGGUCCUGCUGGGGCCGUGUGGGCCUUGGACGUUUGUGAAUUUGAGGGCGAGUGGGAGCACCGCGUCGCGGGCGCGGGCUACGACCGCCAUGUCAUGUGCUGGAACCUGUCGUCGCGGAUCCAGGCGCCUUUAGCAAGCGUGUACUGCAAGCAGCGUUUGAUGGAUGCGCGGUGGGUGCCCGCGUUGGCCCCGCGGGACGACGAGGACGAGGCUCGCGUCGAGGAGGAGCACGACGAGGACGAGGACGAGGCGAUGGCGUUCGGGGAGGAGGAAGAGGAUAGCGACGGGGAUGAGAUCGAUUGGGAUGAUUAAGUUUAGUCUGUUAGUCUCUGGUGUUCUGGCGCGUCGGCCGGGCGUCAAAUUUUAUUUUGAAUAAGCCAGGUAUUUUUGCCGUAGGAGACGUCUCCCGAGGCGGGCAAGGACGGGUCUAUGGAUGCUGCGGAGGUCGGCCCAGCCUGCACGCUUUGCGGUAUUCCAAACUCCUAAAAGCCCCCACGCACGCGACGCCCCAUAAAUUCUCGCAACGACAACGCGAGAGGUUCCCUUAAGUGCUCAAGAAUUCGUGCGCUUGGUCACACUUCGGUUGAAGACGUACGUACGACAUACAGCCCUCCUGCUGCUCAACUGCAUCCUCAGCUGUUUGCCCUUCUUUCCACUGGAAAGUUAGAUAUCGCGCCCACAGGAGUUUUAAACCCCUCAUAGAGCGCCCCUCGACGCCGAAAAAGCGAUCAAUUUUGGCCCACG